AUGUCCCGAGCCGACGAAGGUCGCCUGAUUCAUCUGGCAAAGAAGCGCGAACGAGAGAAGGAAGAUAUUGAGAAGCAACUACGAAAACUAGAAGAAGAUAAAGAAAAAUGUAAAGUUGGUAUCACGAGCAAGUUCACAGCUAAUUAUGAAACUAUGGAGGAAUCAGUCAAGUCGAAAACCUAUGGAUUAGUAUCUCUAGAUGACAUGAAAAACAUUCAAAAGAAUGAGAUUUCCAACAGAGACCUUCAAGUCGCCCGAGGGGCUUCUUCGAGCACAUCACUAGCGAAAGAUUCUCAGGAAGCGCGCGAAAAAGAAGAACAUGUAGCGAAACAUACCCAGAAACGCGUGCUUUCCUUCGCAUAUGAGGACGAAGAAGAAGAUGAGGAUGCAGCUCCUAUCGUUCCGAAAAAGCGAGUGGGAAUGGAUCCAACAGUCGACACUAGUUUCCUGCCAGAUAAGGAACGAGAAGAAUUCCUACGAAAGAAAAAAGAAGAGCUAGCAGCCGAAUGGAGAGUGAAGCAAAAUACAGAAAAGAAUGAGGAGAUCACAGUUGCUUAUGCCUACUGGGAUGGUUCAUCUCAUCGAAAGAAUAUGAAAGUCAAGAAAGGAAACACUAUUUCGCAGUGUCUGGCAAGAGCUAUUGAGGCUCUCAAGAAAGAAUUCACAGAACUCAAAGCAUGUACUCCUGAGAAUCUGAUGUUCGUGAAAGAAGAUCUCAUCAUUCCACACUUCUACACAUUCCAAGAUUUCAUUGUCACCAAGGCGAUGGGAAAAACUGGACCACUGUUCGUGUUCGAUUCAGCAUCCGACGUUCGUAUUCGACAAGACGCCGCUUUAGAUUACGGAGAGUCACAUCCAGCGAAAAUCGUACUUCGUAGUUGGUACGAAAAGAACAAGCAUAUCUAUCCAGCUUCUCGAUGGGAACCAUUCGUACCAAGCAAGAAGUAUGGACGCAAUUUCGAUGAUCUCAGUGACCUGUAG